GCUGAGCAAAAUGCUUUUUAGAACGGGUUUCCUCUUCAUCGCGGUGGUUCUUGCGCAUACCGUUGCAGACUUAGAAGUUAACGAAGAAGAGUCUGAUAGCUCCACCGAUGAUUUAGGUUCUGGCAUACCGGGUACAUUGGUCAACAUCUCAGAUAGCCAGCUGCAACGUUUAUCAACUAUAACCGGUGUGUGUGACGGUGUAAAACAACUUGUAUGUGAUACAUGUAACACAUUUCGCGUUUGCUUGGGAACGGAACCUGGGGCGACGGUCGCAUGCCCUACUGAACAGCCGUAUUGUAACUACGGGACCACCUCAGAUUACUGUUCCAACGUUCCAAUUCCAAAUGUAUGCAGUGUGGCUCCUGAAGACAACCCAGUUACAUGCCCAGCUGUUGGAAUCCUCCCAGAUGCUAGUAACUGUCGUAUCUAUCAUGGAUGUACCAAUAUAGGACAAAGCUCGUCCAUUUACAGAUGUCCCGCAGGAUACGCGUUCAAUCCAGCAUUGGAGCUAUGCGGUUUAGAAAAUGUGUUUUCACGCUGCGUAAAGAUGCAAUGCACGGCUAACUUCGUUGGACAUGUGCGAUACGGUCUGUCCCAACGAUUCUAUGGUUUAUGUGAUGGUUCCGGACAGGCUCCGCUUGUUUUUAAAUGUCCAAAACGAGCCAACUUUGCGUUUAUCACCGGUUCCACGUUUGGCGAGUGUGCUUACCUGUGCCCUGGACAGGGAAACUAUCCAAACAGUAACAAUCCUAGGGCAUACUUUCAAUGUUUUUGGGCAAACCGACGCCUACGAUACAAUUUAGUGCUCUGUCCUGGCGAUUUGACAUUCAACAGCCGCCUGCAAUACUGCACCUAAUAGGUAU